AUGUACCUCGCUGGUGAUUUCAACACCGAUUUGCUUCAGGAGCAUCCUUAUGUCGGGGUGACACACACCCACAAGGGCAAAACACGUGCGGUUGCCCAGGACCAGCACAUCUUUCAAAAUCUGCUUCGGACGCAUGGCUUACGAGCCCUCAAUUCGUGGGACAAUCAAAGCACUUAUGUUGACCCACAAGGUCCUGCCUCUAGGGUGGAUUUUGUCCUUGCGAGAACCAUACAGGCCACGGGCUGUCCCAUCACCAUUCAGCCACAAAUCCACUUUGCAUCCUGGCGCUCUGGAGCCAGGCAUAUGCCUCUUUUGGGUAUGAUUGACUUGAAGGCCUGGUGUCGCUUCCGGGAUCGCACUCCAACUAAGCUUGCUAUUGAUCAGGAUGCUUUGUGUCGGGCAUGCCGCCCCGGCCCUGAGUUUGAGAUUCUUCGUCAGGCCUUUGUUGCUAAGCAGCAUCUUUUUACGGCUGAUCUGCUGCCCUCUCAAGCGGAGGCUGAGCUCCGUAGCAUCUGUGUCAAGGCUUUUCCUUUGCAACGGAAUCGCACUAUAGCUCUGCAGUGGCAAAACCCGGAGGUUGGUCAGGACUUAUCUCUCACAUGGCAAAUGCGUCGCUGCCUCAAGCAGCAGGCUGCCUUUUGGCCGCAUCUGUCGUCUACAUUCAGAGCAUGGAGGUUGCAUGUGCAGUUGAACAGGAGAGUCAAAGAACUGAAACGCAACAGCCGUCGUAGGCGACGUGAACAUUGGCAAGCCCAGCUUACGGAGGCGGAGCAGGCCAGCAAAGCUGGAAACCCGCUGAAGUUCUUUCAAGUUGUGCAAAGGCUGGCACCCAAGCGAGCACAUGCACGUGUUCAGAUCCGUGACUCCGAGGGUCAGAUCCUCACUCCUGCCUUAGAGGACAAAGCACUUGCAGCCUACUGGCAAGGUAUCUACUCCAGCACCAGUCUGCCCCAUCAGGCAGUCUGUCUUCGUGAGUCACUACCUGUUACCCAGCAGGAGCUUCAUGAUGCUCUGCGGGGCCUUAAGCAACGCAAAGCAGUGGCCAAAGAUUUGGCUCCGGCUGCUGUCUGGAAGGCCCUUGCCUCUCCUCUGUCCUGCUAUCUGAAUGACGUUCUUUGCAAAAUUUGGCAGCCAGGUCCGCUUCGCAUCCCUCCUGUUUGGGCCAGGUCGGAUCUGCAUUUUCUUUUGAAACCUCAAAAAGUCGCGCGACGACCGCAGGAUUUGCGCCCGAUAGCGCUCCAAUCGGCGGCGGCUAAGGCAAUCCUGACUGUCUUUAAGCAACGCUUGCAGCCCAGCUUCUUGGAGGCUAUGCUCACCCUCCCUCAGUAUGCUUACGUGGUGGGAAGGUCCACCCACGAAGCUAUCUCGCGGGUAGCGGCCCAUUGCAAGGAAGUCCGUGAUUUGCUCAGGUCUCAAAGCUUGACGGUUUUCGAUCGAUUUGAAGGUGCACGGUACGCCCCGUGCAUAGGUGGGGCCCAACUCGGGCUCGAUCUAUCGAAAGCAUUCGACCUUUUGCCCCGAAGGACCUUGCAACUUUUGCUGCGGGACACCGACCUUUCACUUGAAGAACAACAAGUUUUGCUUGAAUGGCAUCAGGCCGGCAAGUAUAAGAUACAUAGUAAAGGCAGCGAACAUCCGGUCUUUGUUCGGCUGGAGUGUGGGGUUAGGCAGGGAUGCGUGUUGUCACCUUUCUUAUGGGGGUUGUUCACCAAGCACAUCCAACAACGCCUUGAUGAGGCUAACGGUCCAGGAUGGACUGCUAAGCGUGGCACUUUCUUUGCGGAUGAUAUGCAUUUUAAAUGGGUGUUCCGGACCGAGGCCGAAUUGCAUAGCAUCCGACUUGAGGUUCUCAACAUCUUUCGUGUAUUGCGUGAGCUUGGCAUGCAGGCCAACCCAGACAAGAGUAUCUUCAUCAUAGGUGCCAGAGGGCAGCAAGCACGGAAGUGGGUGAAACGUUGGGUUCGGAAGGACCCGGACGGCCGCAAGCAGUUCCAUUUUGGAGGUGCCAAACACGAUAGAGUCCCAGUAGCGAGUCAGCUUACCUAUCUUGGCGUUGUUCUCUCUUACCAGAAUUUUGAGUUGGCGACUGCACACCAUAGGAUAGGGGUAGCCGCAGGCCAUCGUGAUCGGCUCCGCCGCAUUUUGCAUGCCAGACGUGUGCUCAGUGUGGGGCAUCGCCUCCGAUUGUGGCGUAUCAUGGUGCAGACGUCGCAGUUAUAUGCUCUUGAGGCUAUUGGCCUGACUGUUGAAACGGCCAAGCUCCUUCACAUCCAGACCAUGAGACAUAUGCGAGCGAUUAUUGGCUCUGCCAGGCACGUGGAUGGGGAUUCGGAUCAACUUUUCAUGCUUAAGCAUUGCAUUCCUGACUGUGUGGAGCUUGUUAAGACUCGGUGUGAUGCUUUUUGCAAACGAUUGGCACGGACCGAUCUUGCGAUCCCAUGCUUUGGUGCCGAGGGUAUUUUGCAAUGGGCACAGUAUGUGCGGGACUCGUUACCGCCACCCUACAUUGCCAAGCCUCGGCCUCAGCCAACACCUGCUCCUUCCACCUCUGCACCUACCCCUGUCCCUAAGGCCUCUCCACCCAGUGCUCAAUCACAGCCUGUGCCAUUGUCUCCGCUGCCUAGUGAGAGUGAUGUUGCUGGUGCAGCCGCCGCUUCUGCACCUUCUGCACCUUCUGAUCCCAAACAGGACCUGUCCUCGGAGCUACCAGCACCUUCCAAGCCCUCGACUGGCUUCGCUUGCUCGAUCUGUGCCCGGGUCUUCUCCAGCCUACAUGAUCUCAAGACGCAUGAGGGCAAAGCUCACAAGAAGGUCAGGGAAAAAGUUGCCGAAGUCCAGCACACUGAGCAUGGCUACAAUGGCUUUCCCAUUUGCAGGCAUUGUGGUGACAAAUUCUCCAAAUGGAGUGCGCUUACCAGGCACGUUACAAGGCAGGGCUGCCCCGCCCUUGAACGUGGCGAGCCGGAAGCAUUUGCAAAGUCGCAGGCUGAGGCUAUGGUGACACCCCAUGUGCAAAGGCCUCACAUUAUGCAAGAAAUACGCGAAAAUGGUUGGGAAUCACUCUUGACCCAUGCUGAUCUGUGUGCCGACCUCAAGCAACGGUGUGCCUUGUGCUAUCAGUGGGUCGUCUCGGGGAAAGGAGUUAGGAAACACCUUCGCCUUAAACACCCUGAGCACUUUCUCCUUCAUGAAACUGCUAUCAGCCAACAGACUGCCUUGUGGAAGUCCUUCAUAGCCUCGCCGUGUCAAGCUUGCGGUACGCACAUUGUCGAUCCAAAGCUACGGCAGGAUCCGGUGCUCCAAGAGAAGCAGCUGUGGGGGCAUCUUCUGCCCUCCUUGACGGAGGAGGCGGCUCAGGAUUGGCAAAUGGGCCAAGACGAAGGCAAAGGGGACAAACCAUCGGAGGCCAAGCCGAAGGAUCUGAACAAACGCCGUCGCACCAACGACAAUCCAAACUUCGGUUCGGACAAGCAGGAUCGCAAGGGCAAAGGCAAGGGCAAGGGCAAGACCAAAUCCUCGAAGGAUGCAAGCAAGAUGGAACUGAAAGAGGCGGUCCAGCUCAUGGCAGCCAUGACUCUGCAGUUGGUGGAUCAGGCGAGCAGGGUUCAGCUGGACACAAGCUUUCUGCUCACCAUGAAGAACGAGCAGGGAACACCUGACCAGUGA